AUGAUCCUGUCCUUUCACUCAGUGCUGUUGGUCACAGUACUGACUUUUGUUUGGGCACAAGAUUUGCAUGAUAGCAGAGUAGUCAAAUCUCGCACAAAACCACUGGCUGUAAAUCUUUAUGAUGGGCAAGCUAUCCUAGAUGAGGACUGCAGCUUGGAGCUCUCGUUUCUACUGGACAGCUCUGAGAGUGCCAAAGACAACCAUGAGCAGGAGAAGCUGUUUGCUAUGAACUUGGUGGAUCGACUUCAAGGCCUGAAACUGCAGACUGGUCGCAGCCUGAGCAUGAGGGUGGCCUUGCUCCAGUACAGCAGCACAGUAAUCACAGAGCAAAGAUUUAGUGACUGGAGAGGCACAGAGAACUUCAAAAUCCGCAUCGCUCCGAUCGUUUACAUCGGUCACGGCACCUACACCACCUACGCCAUCACCAACAUGACCAAAAUCUACCAGGAGGAGUCCAGGCCGGGCAGUAUUAAAGUAGCAGUGCUCUUUACCGAUGGCUCCUCCCACCCCAGGAACCCAGAUAUUUUCUCUGCUGUUGCCGAGGCCAAAAACCAGGGGGUCAAGUUCUUCACUCUGGGCAUUACCCGGACCGCCAACGAGCCCUCCAAUGUGGCUCAGCUGCGCCUCCUCGCCAGUGCUCCUGCAUCCCAUUUUCUCCACAAUUUGCAGGAAAAGGACAUAGUUGAGAAAAUAGCCACUAAGAUGAGUGACCUUGCUGAUGAAGGCUGCCCACUGGCUCAGAAGUGUGCCUGUGAGAAAGGAGAGAGGGGACCCAGUGGGCCUGCAGGUAAAAAAGGUCGUCCAGGAGAAGAGGGCACCCCCGGGCUAAAAGGGCAAAAGGGUGAAGCAGGAAUAAGUGGUCAGCCUGGUCGGGAUGGGGCAGAGGGAAAAUCUGGUUACAAAGGAGAACAGGGUGAAAGGGGAGAGUGUGGCACUCCAGGAAUCAAAGGAGAUAGGGGUCCUGAGGGUCCGAUUGGGGCAAGAGGACUUAGAGGACUGCAGGGGGUACCUGGACCACAUGGGGACAUUGGACUGGAGGGCCCACAGGGAAAGCAGGGAGAACGUGGACCACCCGGCCCUCCAGGUCUUCAGGGGGAAACUGGCAUUGGGAUACAAGGGCCAAAAGGUGAAAUGGGAUUCCAAGGCCGACCAGGUCCUCCUGGUCCUGCAGGCAUUGGUGCACAUGGUCCACCGGGGCCUCAAGGGCCACAAGGUGUUCAGGGAGAGAAAGGACCCACGGGUGAGGGUCUUCCUGGACCAAAGGGCGACCGAGGGCUUCCAGGACCGAGGGGAUCGAGAGGACAGCAGGGUGCAGGAAUUAAAGGAGAACGGGGUGAACUGGGUCCCCCAGGUCCUCCAGGGUCCACUGGGCUGACAGGAGUUGGUAUACAAGGAGAGAAGGGAGUUGAGGGUCCAAGGGGUCCACCAGGAGUAAGGGGGCUUCCAGGAGAGGGUCUACCUGGACCCAAGGGAGAUCAAGGUUUACCCGGAGAGCAGGGGUCUCCUGGGGAGAGAGGCAUUGGUGAAUCUGGUCCAAAGGGUGAACCUGGAUCUGCUGGUUUGGGUGGCUUACCGGGUCUCCCAGGUGAAGAUGGGGCCCCAGGACAGAAGGGUGAGCCUGGGUUACCUGGUUCAAGAGGUUCUGAAGGACCUCCAGGAAUUGGAACUCAAGGAGAGAAGGGGGAUCAGGGCCUGAGGGGCAUCCGUGGGUUACAUGGACCUCCAGGGAUCUCAGGACCCUCUGGACCAAAGGGUGAGCGUGGUGUACCUGGUCACCAGGGAAUUCCAGGGCAGCCAGGACGAUCUGUAACUGGUCCAAAGGGGGAUCUUGGUCCCUCUGGUCCCCCUGGACCAAUUGGGGAAACAGGCCUUGGACUUCCAGGUCCAAAGGGUGAUCGAGGAUUAACUGGGCCACAUGGUCCACCUGGACCUAAAGGUGAAGGCAGCCCAGGACCCUUGGGUCUUCCAGGAAUUCCAGGUUUACCAGGAGAGCCGGGUCCAGAGGGAAUAGGAAUCCCUGGACCAAAGGGUGACAUCGGCUUUAGAGGAUUGCCUGGCUUGCCCGGACCACCUGGAGAGGGAAUUCAAGGACCACCGGGUAAUGUUGGGAGGGCCGGACCUCCUGGGCCAAAUGGACUACCAGGAGAGGGUAUCCAAGGACCCAAGGGGGAUCCUGGAUCCCAAGGAAUGACUGGACCAAGAGGGCCAGCAGGAGAUGGGUUUCCUGGUCCCAAAGGUGAUCGUGGGUCUCAGGGUGAGAGGGGAAUCAAAGGUUCAAAAGGAGAUUUGGGAGAUCCAGGAGUGCCUGGUGCAGCAGGAAAACCAGGAACAAAGGGAGAUGCAGGCCUCACAAGAGAAGACAUUAUUAAGCUUAUCAAAGAAAUAUGCGGAUGUGGCGUCAAGUGCAAAGAAAGGCCAAUGGAACUUGUUUUCGUGAUUGACAGCUCAGAGAGUGUUGGCCCUGACAACUUUGAAAUCAUCAAAGAUUUUGUCACCAGAAUGGUGGACCGCACCACAGUGGGACGCAACGCCACGAGAAUUGGCCUUGUCCUUUACAGCCUGGACGUCCAUUUGGAGUUCAACUUGGUCCGCUACACCAACAAACAGGAUGUCAAGCAGGCGAUUCGAAAGAUGCCUUACAUGGGCGAGGGCACCUAUACUGGCACUGCCAUCAGAAAAGCCACACAGGAGGCCUUCUAUAACGCCAGACCUGGUGUCAGGAAAGUUGCCAUUGUCAUUACCGAUGGUCAGACUGAUAAGCGAGAGCCAGUGAAACUUGAUAUCGCCGUGAGAGAGGCCCAUGCCGCAAAUAUUGAGAUGUACGCUUUGGGAAUUGUCAAUUCUUCGGAUCCUACACAGGAAGAGUUUCUGAGAGAACUCAACUUGAUUGCCUCUGACCCUGAUAGUGAACACAUGUAUCUUAUUGAUGACUUCAACACACUGCCAGCCCUGGAGUCUAAAGUCAUCAGCCAGUUCUGCGAGGACGAAAACGGUGCCCUCAUCUACAAUCACAUUGCAAACGGACACUGGAAUGGCAACAAUGGAAUCAGUAUUCAUGGAAAUAAUGGGUAUGGCGAACGCAACAAUGGAAUCAAUAAUGACAAUGGAAAAAAUAAGAACGAAGUAAAGCUGAAUGGUUACCAAGAGGAGAUCACAAAUGUGAGACGUGGCAACAGCCGGGGCCGCGGAGACACUUUUGUACUGCCCAUUAGUGCUGAUCCACUCCCUGUUCAGGUGGAAGAAGAUGAAGAUGGUGAAGAUUUAGACUUGAGGGCCCAUGUGAGGGCCAGUGGCAGCGUGGUUGUAGUGAACAAAACAUCAACUUUGUCACAUGUGAAGGAAAGCGCAGUCUCCAAUAAAUCAGCCCUACCAUCAUCAUCGACAUUUAUAAACUCUGGGCCGAAUCCAGUCAUACCUGAAGAGGUUCCACUUCGCGAUCCCCGCUGUAACCUGAGUCUGGACCAAGGGAACUGCAGAUCGUACAACAUCCGCUGGUAUUAUGACAAACAGGCUAAUUCCUGCGCACAAUUUUGGUACGGAGGCUGCGCCGGAAAUGACAAUCGAUUUGAAACUGAAGAUGAAUGUAGGAAGACUUGUGUUUUGUUGAAGACAGGUAUUUAA